GUUUUACUUAUCCAAUUAAUAGAAUUAUCAUGUGUGUUAGCAUAAUUACAGUAAUUAGUAUGAUUAUAAGAGAUUUGUAUAGCAUAAUUACAGCAAUUAGCAUGAUGAUAGGAGAUUUGUGUAGCAUAAUUAAAGUAAUUAUUAUUCUUGUCUAAAUUAACUCAUAUUCUCAUGUAUAAAUAGAUGUAAUAUCUCUGUAACUAAGAUACAGACAAAUACACAAUCAUUUCUUUCACAACUUGUUCUAGUUUCUGGGGUCUCACUUCUCUCUUUACAACCUGUUCUGGUUCAUUCUUUUAUUCUUGUUAUUAUACCAUUUUUUUUUUCUUCUCCUCAUCUUGUUAUCAAUGGAGAAAUCUAAUAUUUCAAAACCUAUUGCAAUAGUUCUGACUAGUUCCAACUAUAAUCUUUGGGUUCAAAGAAUGAAAAGUUUUUUGAUAGAUCGCAAGCUUUAGCGUAUUGUUACCGGAGAUAUCACUACGCCGACAAGAGAGAACGAUGAAACUGAUGCAAAAUUUGCUGACCGUCUUGAGGAUUGGAAUAGUAAAAAUCAUCAGAUCAUCACCUGGUUUCGCAAUACCUCUAUCUCGUCCAUCCACAUCUAAUUUGCUAAUUAUGACUCUGCAAAAAAAAUUUGAGAUUUUUUGGCUAAUGGAUAUCAGACCACUGGACUUGCCCACUAUUAUCAGUUGUGGACUACUCUUCAUAAUCUGAAAUAAGAAGUAAGUCAAUCUGUGAAUGAUUUUCUUACCCAGAUCCAACCCAUUUGGAAUCAAAUAUCUCAUGCCAAAAUCAGUGAAUAUCAUCUUCAUCUCAUUCAAGUUCUAAUGGCUCUUCGAUCAGAAUAUGAGGCCGUUCGAGCGUCCCUUCUACAUCGAAAUCCACUCCCAUCAUUGGAUACUGCUAUUCAAGAGAUUAUUUUUGAAGAGACUCGUCUCAGUUUGGAUAAAACUCCUCAAUUUGAAACUGUUCUUGCAACUACUCGAUCCUCACAUCAGAAAUCUGGCAAUCAACUUUGUAAGAAUUGUAAUCAAAUUGGUCAUACUUUUGCAUAUUGUCCUACUAUAGAAUGCAGAUAUUGUCAUGGUUAUGGUCAUAUUCUUGAACAUUGUCCCACACGCCCUCCAAGAACAAAAGGAGGGCAUUCUAAAUUCAAGAAUGUCUCAAAGCCUGGAUCUUCCUCUGUCACUGCUGUUGCUGCUACUGAGGGUUCUACUGUCAUCACCAUGAGUGAUCUUAAGGCACUAUUCAAACAGGUUAUCUCUUCUAAUUCUCCUGCUGCCAUGUCUGCCACUCCGGGUAAUUCUUAUUGGCUUUUUUACUUUGCAUGUUGUAAUCAUAUGACUACUAAUAUUAAAUUCUUGUCUUCUGCAAAACCUGUAUCUUCCUUACCACUAAUCCAUACUGCAAAUGGUACUAAAAUGAACAUCACACAUACUGGUCAUGUGUCUACCUCAAAUCUUCAUCUCCCUGACACCUAUUUUAUCCCUAAUUUGGCACUCAAUCUUAUUUCUGUUAGUCAGUUGUGUGAAAAAGGACUAAAUGUUAUUUUUUCUCUCCAUGGUAUCCAGGUACAGGAUCCACAAAAGGGACAGAUUCUUGGGGAGGGUCGCAGAGUGGGUCAAUUAUUUGAGCUUGCAUCUUUACAUCUUCCUCAGAGAUUUGUGUUUGCAGCUACAAUCCCUAAUUCCUCCAUUCACCAAUGGCAUCUUCAUCUUGGUUAUGCUUCUGCCGACAAUGCCGUGGAAUAUCGAGAUUCUUAUUUACUUCAGUUUCUUAGUCAACAAGGCACCGUUGUUCAACAUUCUUGUCCUCACACCUCUCAACAGAAUGGGCGAGCCGAACGCGAGCAUCACCAUAUUUUUGAUUCUGUACGUACUUUUCUUCUUUUUGCCUCAUGUCUAGAAAAAUUUUGGGGAGAAGUAGCUCUUCAUGCUGUUUAUAUUAUUAACCGUCUUCCUAUCUUGGUUCUUCAUAAUUUAUCUCCUUUUAAAAAGUUGUUUGGACAAUCUCCUGACUAUUCCAUCCUUAAACCUUUUGGAUGUGUUUCUUUUGUUCUUUUACAACCUCAUGAACAUACCAAAUUAGAACCCCGUGCUCGUUUAUGUUGUUUUCUUGGUUAUGACAUUGAACACAAAGGGUAUCGUUGUUGAGAUCCUGUUUCUAAUAAGUUACGCAUCUCUUGUCAUGUUACCUUUUGGGAUAAUACUAUGUUCUCUUCUCUUUUCAAAUUUCAUCACUCUGUCAAUACUGAAUCUCUAUUUUUCACUGACUCCUCCAAAGAGCUGUUUCCAAGUCCUAAUCCAGGUAAUUAUGAUGUGCUUAAUAUUAGCCUAACUACACCUGCCCCUGUUGAAUCUGCACCAGUUGUUGAUCCAGUACCUGCGCCUGCAUCUCCUCCUAGCACUACUCUUCGUCGUUUUACCCGUGUAAGAGAAACUUCUCAUUAUCUUUCUGAUUUUCACUGUUACUCUACUAUUGUAACCCUUUAUGAGCUUCGUUCUUAUCAUGAGGCAAGUACUGACCCUCUUUGGUAGCAAGCUAUGACUGACGAACUUCAGGCUUUAGAGAAAACUCAUAUUUAGGAUUUAGUUGAUCUUCCACCAAACAAGACCCCUAUUGGUUGCAAAUGAAUUUACAAAAUCAAGACCCGUUAUGAUGGAACUAUUGAACGCUACAAAGCUCGCUUAGUAGCCAAAGGGUACACUCAAGAGUAUGGUAUCAACUAUGAAGAAACUUUUGCUUCAGUGGCCCGAUUAACAUCUAUUCGCAGUCUUUUAGCUAUUGCUGCAGUUCGUAAAUGGAAACUUUUCUAGAUGGAUGUCAAAAAUGCUUUUCUUCAUGAUGAUUUAACAAAAGAGGUUUAUAUGCAUCCUCCUCCUGGUUAUCAUUCUCCUCAUAAGGUUUGCAAACUUCGGCGAGCCUUAUAUGGAUUAAAACAAGCUCCCAGGGCCUGGUUUGCCAAAUUUAGUUCCACUCUUGCUCAACUUGGUUUUCUUUCUAGUCCACAUGAUUCUGCAUUAUUCACUUGCCGAAUUGACAGUGGUAUUGUCCUUCUGUUGCUUUAUGUUGAUGAUAUGAUAAUAAUAGGAGAUGAUUCAUCUG